CUCUCUCUCUCUCUCUCUCUCUUCAAAUUUCAAAAGCAGAUUAAAAGAGCACUCUCUUGUGAAGUUUCCUCCCUCCUUUUAGCCCUUUUAAAAGUACCAUCAUAUGCUUCUCACAAUCAUACUAUUGUUAGAAUGGCAUCUCUCCUCCGCAAGGAUAUGAAGAGAGUGAACUUCUCCUGCUCCUCCCCUGCUUCUGCUUCCACAUGCUCAAGCAUCACUAGCCCUGCAGUUAGUAGUCGCGCCCUCGACCGACACACGCCUCAUCUGAGAGACUCACAAAGAACAAAGUUUCACUCCUCAUCAAAGCCUAUAAUCAAAGAAAAAAGCCAAGUUAAGAGCAAGAAAGCCUUAGAAGAACCUAUUGGUCUUGUAAGCCCCGCAGACUCUUCGCGGUACCUACUUAGAUCUUCGCGGUACCGACCGGACGAUAAGGCGUUUAUCGACGUACUUCCCGAUUCUCUACCUGCUCCUGAGUUAGAACUCGUCGAGACAUCGAAGUUUCAGUCGAAAAGAGAAGAUGAAGGAGUUGUUUUGAGUUCAUCUUCUUCUACUAGACCACAAGACCAGGUGGUUGUUUUGAGGGUCUCCUUGCAUUGCAAGGGUUGUGCAGGUAAGGUGAGGAAGCACAUCUCCAAGAUGCAAGGCGUGACAUCCUUCAACAUAGAUUUAGUGGCGAAGAAGGUGACGGUGAUCGGAGAUGUUACGCCGUUGGGUGUGCUCAACAGCAUCUCCAAGGUGAAGAAUGCGCAGUUUUGGCCCUCACCUCCUCAAUCCGCGGUGCAAAUUUAACUUUCAAUUUUAUCGGUGUAAAUAAGUUAUAGUUUAGUUAUGGGACUCUAAUUUCCGUUUCAAUUUUUUAAUGAGUUCGAGUUUCUACGCAUUAUUAUUUCUCUUAUUUGGGGGAUUAAGCGGACUAAUUUUAACAUC